AUGGCAGGUAUAGAUGCUCUCCUUGAAGGAGGGCCUCAAGAGACCGGUCAGCGUAAACCUGCUACUCAACAGCCUGAGGAGCUCAAACGUCACCUGGAGAAGCUCCUCCUCUCGCCUUCACCUGAGUUCUCACCUGAGUGGCUCAACCGUCUUCAACAACGAUGGGACUUCGAAGCUGACUACACGUCUCUGUUCAAGGUGGCUCCACCACAUACUCGAACUCUUACCAGAUUUCAACGUCAUGGACUUGAAGGCCGUGUCACAGGUUAUAAGAACGUCACUGUCCCCGCAAAUAGUGCUACAGCCAAGAACUCGACAAGUCUAUCCAGGAAACCUGCAAACCGUGCUGACUUUGUGAGAGGUGCUGCCGGCUUUUUCCCGUUCGCUCCUGGUGGUCUGGAGGGUAUUGAAGCUACAGCAGCGUUUGAGGACUCGGUUCACACAGGAGGUCUUGCGGAGACUAGUAAUACAGGAAACAGGCUAGAACGAGUGAUCCAGCUUGGCGCUGAGGGUGGGCUACUCGAGAUAGCACCAGGAUUGAGCAGAGGAAUCGACUUCACCAAGAAAAAGACAACUGUAAGCCAAGAAGAUGCAAAUGCUGUUAAGGAAGUGCUCGAAGAGGAUCCAGAGGAAGCAAGAAACGAGCCUGAGGAUAGCAAUGAGGCCUCUCCAGAUACUGCGCCAGCGGAUCAGACUUCCGAUGCUGGGGAGGAUGGUGACGACAUCGACGACAUCUUACCGGUCGAAUUCCCUGCCCUGGAGCCUCAUGGAGUCCUUGCAGCCUCGAGCGCCCGUAAGGCUGGUCGCGAGUGGGCGCAUAUGGUCGAUAUCAACCAUGACAUGUCGAAUUUCCGAGAACUUGUGCCUGACAUGGCUUAUGAAUGGCCUUUUGAACUCGACACUUUCCAGAAGGAGGCAGUUUAUCACCUAGAGAACGGCGAUUCGGUAUUUGUUGCAGCGCAUACUUCCGCUGGCAAGACUGUUGUAGCAGAGUAUGCCAUUGCACUGGCUGCGAAGCACAUGACAAAAGCCAUAUAUACUUCCCCGAUCAAAGCACUGAGCAACCAAAAAUUCCGCGACUUUCGACAAACGUUUGAUGAGGUGGGUAUCCUCACUGGUGAUGUUCAGAUCAACCCCGAGGCCAGCUGCUUGAUCAUGACAACUGAGAUUCUCCGAAGUAUGCUCUACCGAGGAGCUGAUAUAAUUCGUGAUGUCGAAUUUGUUAUCUUUGACGAAGUUCAUUAUGUCAACGAUUUUGAGCGAGGUGUUGUAUGGGAAGAAGUCAUCAUCAUGCUACCUGAGCAUGUGUCACUCAUUCUAUUAUCUGCGACAGUGCCAAACACUAAAGAGUUCGCAUCUUGGGUCGGUCGGACUAAACAAAAAGACAUAUAUGUCAUUUCUACGCCAAAGCGACCUGUGCCCCUUGAACAUUAUCUUUGGGCUGGGAAGGACAUUCACAAGAUCGUGGAUUCCGAGAAGAAGUUCAUCGAGAAGGGUUGGAAAGAUGCGCACUUUGCUAUUCAGGGAAAGGAUAAGGUAAAGCCUGCGGAGACUACUGUUGCCACUCGUGGAGGUAACCCACGAGGCAAUCAGCGUGGCGGGCCCCAGCGUGGUGGUCCUCAACGAGGUGGACGUGGUGGUGGCCCACAAAGAGGGGGUAACCAACAGCGUGGUCGCGGCGGACCACCUCGAGCAAGCCAUGCUCCCGGCCAUAUGGGCCGUGGAGGCCGCGCCGGCGGCUUUUCAUCUGUUGCGCAGGACAAGAAUCUUUGGGUUCAUCUUGUCCAAUAUCUCAAGAAGCAGAGCCUUCUUCCAGCCUGUAUCUUUGUGUUCUCGAAGAAACGAUGCGAGGAGAAUGCGGAUGCUCUCAGCAAUCAAGACUUCUGUACUGCUUCCGAGAAGAGUCAUAUUCACAUGAUAAUCGAGAAGUCGGUCGCGCGCUUGAAGCCAGAUGAUAGACAGCUUCCACAAAUCGUCAGGCUGAGGGAACUUCUGGGUAGAGGUAUCGCUGUUCAUCAUGGUGGAUUGUUGCCCAUUGUAAAGGAACUGGUAGAGAUUCUGUUUGCUCAGACUCUGGUUAAGGUGUUGUUUGCCACAGAGACAUUUGCUAUGGGUCUGAAUCUACCUACACGAACAGUAGUAUUUUCCGGAUACCGCAAACACGACGGGCACUCGUUCAGAAAUCUAUUACCUGGAGAGUACACCCAGAUGGCUGGUCGGGCUGGACGUCGUGGUCUGGAUACUGUUGGCUCGGUCAUCAUUGUGCCGCCAGGAGGCUUGGAUGAUGCGCCCCCUGUAGCAGAUCUACGGAACAUGAUAUUGGGAGAACCUUCAAAGCUACGGUCGCAAUUCCGACUAACAUACAACAUGAUUCUGAACCUCCUGCGGGUAGAGGCGCUGAAGAUCGAAGAGAUGAUCAAGCGCAGUUUCUCUGAGCAUGCUACCCAACAAUUGCUCCCUGAGCAUGAGAAAGAUGUGAAGAUAGCACAAGCGGACUUGGCCAAGGUCAAGCGAGACUCAUGUGACAUCUGUGAUGUUUCGAUGGACGAAUGUCACCAAGCUUCACAGGACUUCAAGCGACUUACUUUCGAGCUAUAUAAGGGUCUGCUGGCCAUUCCAAUAGGACGCAGAAUGUUUUCUCAGCAUCGUCUUGUGGUUUUUAACUGGGACGGCAUUCGUUCUAUUGGUAUUCUUCUGGCAGACGGUGUUAGCAACAAGGGCACAUCAGAAGAUCCGACACUGCACGUAUGUGCCAUCAAAUCCCUUCGGGAUCGACGCGAUGCUACCGAUCAGCUGCCAUUUGUCCCCACGUUCCGCAAAUACUUCCAUGAGCUCCCGAAGAGCAAAAAGAGGGUGCAAACUAAGACGCUACAUGUUCCUCUGAGUGACGUGGAGUGUCUUACGAGAUGGGUCACAAAGGGUAUUAUACCUGAGAUCUUCCAGGGGGGCGAUGGCUACCAUCAAGCAAAGGAUCGUCUCCAGGAUCUGUGUGGCUCGUGGGAUGAUAGAUGGGAAGAAGUGGACCUUUCUCGAAUUAAGCAGCUACAGCUACAGGAAAUUGUCGAGAAGAGGGUCGAGUUGGUGAAGACGAUAUCUGAGUCACCUGCUGAGAAGUGUUCGAACUUCUUGAAGCAUUUCGCUAUGUGCCAUGAUGAAUGGCUUAUCAAGGAGCAUAUUUCUCAGCUACAGCAAUCGCUCUCGGAUCAGAAUCUUCAGCUUCUUCCCGAUUACGAACAACGAGUUCAGGUGCUCAAGGAGCUUGGAUUCAUCGAUGACGCUACCCGGAUCCAGCUGAAGGGCAAGGUUGCCUGCGAAAUUCACUCUGGUGAUGAACUGGUUCUUACUGAGCUUAUUCUCGACAACGUUCUCGCCGACUACGAGCCUGCCGAAAUCGCCGCUCUCCUAUCGGCCUUUGUAUUCCAGGAGAAAACAGAUAUGGAACCCUCCCUAACAGGUAACCUCGAGCGUGGUAAAGAGACCAUUGUUGCCAUCUCAGAGAAGGUGAACGAUGUGCAGACUCGAUUACAGGUCAUUCAGUCCACGGAUGACUCCAAUGACUUUGUCUCUCGGCCACGGUUCGGUCUUAUGGAAGUAGUGUAUGAAUGGGCUCGCGGAAUGAGUUUCAAGAAUAUCACUGGGUUGACGGAUGUGCUGGAAGGUACGAUUGUCCGAACCAUCACACGACUGGACGAGACAUGCCGUGAGGUCAAGAACGCCGCCAGAAUUGUGGGUGAUCCGGAGUUGUAUCUAAAGAUGCAGCAGGCGCAGGAGAUGAUCAAGCGGGAUAUCACCGCAGUGGCAAGUCUUUACAUGUGA